GUGUGUAUGUUCACUCUGCUGGGUGUCCUGCUUUCCUUUCGUCCUGUUCGACGAAUCGAGCAUUGUGGACGAUUUUAAUCGCGUCAAAUUUCUCUGCACAACGACCAUGAAUCGUUUCUCGGCGAGUCCGUGAUCGCUGUGACGCACCGGGUGCGCGUUAAACUGUUACAUACCUCGACGAAUUCCACGCCGGCUAUCGGCUGUGCGUCAAAUACUUAACAGACUUUAUUGUGGUGUAUAGAAUUUGGACACGUCGGACGAUCGCAAAUCUCUCCUUGUGCCACAAAACGAACAAAUACGACCUAAUCAGAGACUCGAGCGAAACACCGUGUACUCGACCAGACAGGAUCAAGCUGGGUAAUGUCUUUUUAGGCUCGUGUCACGCGACGAUAGCCGACCAUGUGGUGUGUUACCGAGGUUGUAGUCAUGUAAUACUUGGCAAAACGAGAAGGCUGAUCUCUGCCCUCAGAUUCGGUUGUGAACUCUCUUCCCUGUAACAGCUCCCCCCUUCCUGGCUCGAACCUCGUCGUAGAUUCCGAUCAAUCGUGGAUCGGGUGAUGAUCUCAGGUGACAAAGCAACAGGACCCGUUAGAAAAUGUUUCGCUCAAAGAUUCGCAUUCAUACCUGUCAAGUGAUACUGCUCACGUCGCUGGUAUGGUUCCUGGUCGACGUGAUGGUGUUGAUGCUCUAUUCGGACUGCAUCGGAGGGUCCGGAUGGGGAUGUACCGAGAGCAGUAAACAGCAGAUACUGACCGAGGAGAACCUGCCGCACGCGAAGGGUUUGGCGAAAGAGGAACAACAGAUCCAAUCGAGCAACGAGCACAGCCAGAAGAGAUACAGGCAAUCCGAGCUUCAUCUUUGGCGGCCGGCUAAGGUCAUACGUGAGAGCAAGGGUAAGCCCGGCGAGAUGGGCGCAGCUGUGCACAUCUCGCCGGAGGACGAGGCAAGGCAACAGGAGCUGUUCAAGUUAAAUCAGUUCAAUCUGAUGGCCAGCGACAUGAUCUCGUUGAAUCGAUCGCUCAGGGACAUCAGGCUGGAGGGUUGCAAAACUAAGAAGCACCCCAAGUACCUUCCGGACACCAGCAUCGUGAUAGUGUUCCACAACGAGGCCUGGAGCACGUUGCUGAGGACCGUUUGGUCGGUCAUCAAUCGAUCGCCCAGAACUUUGCUCAAGGAGAUCAUUCUGGUGGACGACAAGAGCGAGCAAGAUCAUUUGAAGCAAGAUUUGGAGGACUAUGUAAAAACGCUACCAGUACCAACGUACGUGUAUCGCACCGAGAAGAGAUCAGGCCUAAUAAGAGCUAGACUGCUUGGGGCGAAACACGUGAAGGGUCAAGUUAUAACGUUCCUCGAUGCCCACUGCGAAUGUACCGAGGGUUGGUUGGAACCUUUGCUCUCCAGAAUUGCCGAGGAUAGGUCCACGGUUGUUUGCCCCAUCAUAGAUGUAAUUAGCGACGAUACGUUUGAGUAUAUUCCUGCCAGCGAUAUGACGUGGGGUGGUUUCAAUUGGAAAUUGAACUUCAGAUGGUAUAGAGUAGCACAAAGGGAAAUGGACAGAAGAUUAGGAGACAGAACGGCUCCUCUGCGAACGCCAACCAUGGCUGGUGGAUUAUUUUCUAUUGACAAGGAUUAUUUUUAUGAAUUGGGUGCUUAUGACGAAGGCAUGGACAUUUGGGGCGGUGAAAAUCUUGAAAUGAGUUUCCGGGUAUGGCAAUGUGGUGGGACGUUAGAAAUCAGUCCGUGUUCACAUGUUGGACAUGUAUUCCGAGACAAGAGUCCAUAUACAUUCCCUGGUGGUGUCAGCAAAGUAGUUCUACACAAUGCGGCCAGGGUGGCCGAGGUCUGGAUGGAUGAGUGGAGAGAUUUUUACUAUGCCAUGAACCCAGGUGCUCGUAAUGUAGCCGUCGGUGAUGUAUCUGAAAGGAUUAAGCUAAGGGAACGUCUGAAAUGCAAAAGUUUCAGAUGGUAUCUGGAGAAUAUUUAUCCUGAGUCUCCAAUGCCGUUAGAUUAUUAUUAUUUGGGUGAUGUACAAAAUGUUGACACACAAACCUGUUUGGACACUAUGGGUAGAAGAACAGGUGAAAAUGUUGGAAUUAGCUAUUGUCACGGAUUAGGUGGCAAUCAAGUGUUUGCUUAUACUAAACGACAGCAAAUUAUGUCUGAUGAUAUGUGCCUUGAUGCAGCUAGUCCCCAAGGUCCUGUCAAAAUAGUAAGAUGCCACGGUAUGGGAGGAAAUCAGGCAUGGGUUUAUAACGAAGAGACGAAGAUGAUUAAACAUACGAAUACAGGGCAUUGUUUAUCGAAACCUCGUUCAAACGAUGCAAUGCAACCUGUCUUAGCACCAUGUAAUCCUGAUAACCGGGGUCAGAAAUGGAUAAUGCGUAGUAAAUUCAAAUGGCAAGCCAGCUAAUACGAGCUGUUUUUAAAUGCAACAUCAUUAUGCAAUACUUGUUGAUAUAUUUACUGCUACAUUGAAGAACUGACAGUCAAAAAAAUUUCUGUACAUGCAACAUCAAGAAGAUAGUAUUAUACUUGAUAAACAUAGUCCGGUAUCGUCGAUCCGCUAAACCAUCAAUGGAGUUGAUGAUGUGGAAGAUAAAUUAAUCUAUACCUUAAACACGAGAGAUUGAAGUUAAUGCGUUUAGUUAAAUAGGAUUUAUUUACUGUUGCUAGCAGUAUCAUGUAUUUACUGCCAUUUCUCAUGGUAUGCCUUGAUUAAUAAUGCACAAGUGUUAAGAAACAGAAAAGAAAAAAUAAUACAAAACUAUUUCCAGCUGCGUGUGAAGAUGUAUACAAGUGAUAUGAAGUGAAGAAUUUUUUUUUUUAGCAAACAGUAGAGAGAAAAGCAUAUCAGACCACUGUUAUAAAUAAAUAAUUGUUAAUACUAAAGAAAAGAGACAUAUUUGAUAAUGUGGGAUGAGUGCAAUGCCGGAUGACUGAAAGAUAUAUCAGUGCGCUAAACCAACGUUAUGUUUACAGCGUAUGUGGUUACUAUUACAGAGUGAAUGGAGGUAUGCGAGCGAAAUUAUUGUGACACUGUCGAUUACGAUUUAGAACUUGUACUGUAUAAUUUUCUAGCGAUUAGGGAAGAGCACUGAAUCUUUUUAUACUGGUAUUUCUAACAGUUCCUUGUUAAAUCUCGUUCAUAUAAUUUAGUUGUUACUUUCUUUUAUACUUGUUUAAAAUGAUAAAUGUACUUAUAUCUGAAUUCGCCAUAGUAAUAUGAGAUUACAUUAAUGGAUCAUCGUUUAAGGAUACGAGAAAAUAUCGACUGUUAUUCACUACUGUGUUAUGCUUCAAAUACUUUCUUAAAUUCAUGGCAGAACGUCUUCCGUAUUUUUUUAUUAAACAAAAAAAAGUAGAUAUUUUUAUGAUAUUCCUAAGGUCUUUUAUAGCUGUAAUCCUUCAUAGAUUCGAACCCCUUUUACCUGUACCUUCUAUGUACUAGAAGUGUACCGAAAAUUUAGAGUGCAAUAUACUUCUUGAAUAAGACUUUGAAGAAAACAGUUUCCUAUAACUAACGUAAAAAUGUUGUUACCAGAUUCUGGCGCCCUUCCCUUACACUACUGUAGGCCAGAGUUCACGCUCUGAAACGAUAGUCAACAAAACGUAAAACACUGUUUCUGGAAAAUGUUGACUGAUACACUUACAUUUGAAGUUGAGAAAAAGAAAAUAAUUCUGUAACUUUAAAUGAGAAAAUAUUGAACUACAUUUAUAAUAUUUAAAAUAUAUAUGACUCUGAAAUUUCAAUUUAGGAGAACUUUAAUAUAAAAGGAUAUGCUUAAUUUUAUGUUACACAAAGAAAUGGUGAUGGUGCAACAAAUUAUCAUUUACAGCUUAAUUAUAUGUUUAAUUAUUCGUACAUAACUAUAGUAUUUAUUUUUGUACAGAACUCGAUUUUUAUUAAACCAAUACAUUACUUGAAUA